UUUCUAUACUGCGUCUGCGCGUAGGUUCUUGAGUGUUUUAUUGAGCGACUACACGCGAGUAAUGUAAACCCAAACAAGUUUAUUUAUUCUGUAUAUAACGUUUUAACGUAUUCACUUAAAUCAAGUAAUUACGUUGUUAGCUAUAUUACUUUAAUAAGUUGCUUUCUAAAAAAUUACGAGAUACCUCUAUAUUGAAGGGAAGCUUCUAGCGAAGAAGACGCCUUCCAAUUUGACAAUGAAUCAGUUUGAUCAUUUGAAGGACGAUGACAGCGGAGAUCAUGAGGACCCAGUCAUGAACCGAGAGGAGAAGAGUGAUACAGACAACAGCUCAGUGAACAACAAUAACAACAACGGGCGGCGAAAGACUGUUUCCCCAGGGGUGGGGGAGCAUCCGCUGCAGUACAACUACACUUUCUGGUACUCGCGGCGCACACCCAGUCGACCAGCCAACACCCAGAGCUACGAGCAGAACAUUCGGCAAAUCGGAACCGUGGCAUCGGUGGAACAGUUCUGGAAGUUUUACAGUCACCUGGUCCGGCCUGGAGACCUGACAGGGCAUAGUGAUUUUCAUCUCUUCAAGGAGGGCAUCAAGCCCAUGUGGGAGGAUGAGGCUAACAAGAAUGGUGGGAAGUGGAUCAUUCGGUUGCGGAAGGGGCUGGCCUCACGCUUCUGGGAGAACAUAAUCCUGGCCAUGCUGGGGGAGCAGUUCAUGGUUGGGGAGGAGAUCUGCGGAGUUGUGGUGUCCAUCCGUUUCCAGGAGGACAUCCUGUCUAUCUGGAACAAGACAGCCAAUGACCAAGUGACCACCUCCCGCAUCCGAGACACACUGCGCCGGGUCCUCAACCUGCCCCCCAACACCAUCAUGGAAUACAAGACUCACAACGACAGCCUCAAGGACAACUCCAGUUUCCGCAAUACGAAGAUCACAUUGUGAAAACCACUUUGUGAAGGGAGAAUUGAUAAAUAAAUGGGUGAUAAAUAAUGGAUGGAUGCAUGAAUGCAGCUCUACAUUUCACCCCUGCAUUGAUGGACUUCGGCAUCUUUAAAAUAAGCAAAUCAAAGACCAAAACAAAUGAGACAAUGGAUGAGUGAAUGUAAAGGAAAAAAACCAUUGGCUGGUAAAGCUUUUACCAAGGGACCACAUUGAGGGACUGCGAUUCCAGCAAUAUGCAAUACAGCAGCACAAACCUUUGGAGGAUCCACAAAGAAUGUUUGGUUCCUUUUUGUCUAUUGUACCGUCUUAUGUGUGUGCCUCUGUAUGCUAAAGGUAAAAUGUUAUUGUUGAAGCUGUUACGGUUUAUUUCCAAGUUUAUUAUUUGUUUUUUUACAGGGUCGUAUAUCUCUUUGAGGCAUAAAUCGUCCAUUUCCUGCAGUGUUUGUCUGGCAUGGAUUUAACCUGGGUUAACCUUGUUAAAAAGUAAAUAAUUUGAUAAACACAGAUAUGUUUUUCUUUCAGCAUUGUGUCUGAGAAUGCCAUUGAGUAUGCCAGUUUUCAUUUUUUCCAGUGGAUGAUGUUUACUUCGAGUGAGGUGCUGUAGGAAGCAGUGGGAUUUCGUUUAAAAAAUUAGUGGCCUUUUCUGUAUUUCCCUCAUAAUUCUGUCCAAUAUUCAAAAUAAUCUAGACCCUUCUGCUAUUUGUCAAGUCAGUUGGUCUAGCUGUACACAUUGCUUUUAAAGACAUGUGCCAAUACUUUGCUUCAACUGUGUGUGUGUGUGUGUGCAUGCAUGUGUGUUUUUGCAUGUGUGCCUGCUUGCACAGUGAAACUGUCAAAACGAGUACUCCUAAUGAAAUAAAAUAUUACCGUUGUAUGUGUA